AUGGUACUUUGCUUUAUCAUUGGGACAUUUAAUUGCAUUUCUUAAAAUUGUAGUAUAGCUUUUAUCUCUCAAUUUGACAAAAGUAACCAAGGAAUUUUUUGGAUAUUCACUUCUUUGAGUGGGCUUUCUAUGAAUAUUGCUAGAGCUGUUAUAUUAGCUAUUUGUGGAAAGGAUGAUGAUGGAAUUACUAAAAGAACCUUGACAUGUUUUAUAAUAGCAUGCCUGAUAAUUUAUGCUACCAUUUUCUGUCUAUUCAAAUUCUUAAAAUCUAAAUAAUAUACUUAUUCUCAUUCUUUAAGUACAAGUAACUCAGAAACAGAAGUAAAAAGUCAGUUAGAUAAUUAAAACGAUGAAAUAGUUAUUGAAUUUACUGAAAAUGAAGAAAUUAUAUCCAAACCUAGCUUUAAGAGUUGCUUAAUAAGUGUUAAAUACAUAGCGCUCUUUCUUUUUACUAACUAUGUAAUCAGUUUUAUGCUAUUUCCAGGAGUUUCAAUAUAUUAAAAAAGAUAUUCGUUUAUCGAUUCGUUGGCUUGGUCGAGUCUUAUAAUGUAAAUUUUAUUUAACCUUGGAGACUUCUUUGGGAAAAUCAUUAGCAGCUUUCAUUUUUAUAGUUCAGUUUUGCUUUAUGCUUUAACUAUUUUAAGAGGCAUAUUUUUCUAUACAUUUUUGAUGUCUGCAAGAGAACCUGAUGAUUAAUUCUUUGGAAAUGACUAUUUUGCUAUGGUAGACAUUUUUAUAUUUGGUCUGACACACGGCUUUGUUGCUAGCGGUCUUAUGUAAAUAGGAGCAAAGAAAAGUUUUAACCCUGAAGAAAAAAAUAUAAUCUCUUUUAUUUUGGCAUUUUUCUUUACUUUGGGUUUAUCUGCUGGUACUUUUUUAGCAUUAAUUCUAGAAGAACAUUGA